CAAUAUAAAAUGCCUCAAAUUCUGAUUUUCUUUUCAAAACAUACGCAUAUCAGGCCACGCAUUACCAUUGUCGAACAGAUGGGAUCUUAUGCAAGUCGACCAGAAGAGCCCAAUCUAUCCCUCGAGGAGAUGGAAGUGCGCCAGGACGCAGAGGCAGCUGCUGCGUAUUCCCAGAAGAAUGCUGAGGCUGCCAGAGAGGAAAUAGCCGAGCUCAACAGGUUGAAUCAAAAAUUACAGGAAGAGGCCGAGGCAGCUUUUCAAGCUGCGGCGGCCACAAAGGAUCAGGUCCGAAAGGAAAUAGAAGCAAUGGCCAAAGCCGAACGUGCUGCCAAUGAAGCUCGCUUACGGGCGGAAGCUGCUGCUCGUACUGCCAGUGAAGAAACAAAACAGAGAGCAGUUGAAGCAGAGGAGGAGCUUAAGCGAACAGCCGCUGUCCAAGAACAAGCCAAACGAGAUGUCCAGGCUGCCCAGGAGCAGGCAAAGAGACUGCAGGAGGCUGUUGAUGAGGAGAGGAGGAGGGCAACUGUCGUCCAGGAGGCGGCCAACGUGUCUAAGAAAAUGGCAGAAGAGCAAGUAAAGGCGGCCAAUGCUGCUAAGGAGGAGGUUAUCACCGAGCUCCGCAGGUUGAAUCAAGAAUUACAGGAAAAGGUUAUGGCAGCUCGGCUGGCCGCUUUGCAAGCUGCGGCAGCCUCGCAGGAGCAGGCCCAUAAGGAGAUCAUGGCGAUGGUCCAGGCCGAACGUGCCGCCAACACAGCUUGCUUACUGGCAGAAGCUGCUGCUCGUGCCGCUGUUGAAGAAGCCAAACAAAAAGCAGCGCAAGCAGAGGAAGAGCGUAAGCGAACUGCCGCCAUACAAGAACAAGCCAAACGAGAUGUCCAGGCUGCCCAGGAGCAGGCAAAGAGACUGCAGGAGGCUGUUGAUGAGGAGAGGAGGAGGGCAGCUUGUGGAGGAACGAUACACGCGGGAGGUUUUACGACACGCUAGAACAAAGAACAAAGUAUUCGUUUCGAAUCUGAGACGUUUCGACGAAAACAGCGUCCUCUUAUACGAUUGCCGACGUUGACACGUCGUCGACGUUCUCCGUUUG